AUGACGAGCCUCGCGGGCGUCAGUCUCCCGGCCGUCGGCGGAGAGUUCCCAAGGCCCAGGCCGGCGGCAGCUUGGGCAGAGCUAUCCAGCGUGGUUCCUGCGCCGAGGCAACCCUCGGCUCCCAGGAUGACCCGCGGGCGCCCCAGCGCGGGCAGGUGGCUCCACCACUCCGUGCCGCGCCAGCCGCUUGGCGAACCCCCCGCUGGCAGGAUCCGCAGGCCCCUUGGUCUUCGUCGUCCCGAGCCUCCAGCUUCAUUGACGUUCAGCCGCCUUCCCGAGACGGAGAAGCCUCGCCCUGGCAACAGCACGUCCGGCUGGUACGGUGCGUACAAGUUCAUGCCGCCCGAUUUGCUGCCCAGCACGGAGUUG